UGCCGUGCCUGCCUACCUUCCGUGCCGCAGGAGAAGUGCCCCCCGAAGCCACCGCCGGUCGCCUCGAGCUUGGCGGGGAGGCGGGAUGGAGACCCCCUCUGCCGCCUCAGGCCGCCGCCGCCGCCGCCCGUUGCAGCCGCCCUUGCUCCUGUGCUUGCUGCUCUUUGCCCUUUGCCCGCAGCCAGGCCUUGGAUUAUACACAGUAAAUACUGUAUACGGAGAUACCAUUAUUUUGCCUUGUCGUAUAGAAGUUCCUGAUGAUCUGAUGUUUGGAAAAUGGAAAUACGAAAUUGCAAACAAGGCUCCAGUAUUUAUUGCUUUCAGAUCUGCCACCAAAAGAAGCGUACAUUAUGAUGAUGUACCAGAAUAUAAAGACCGAUUAACUCUUUUGGAAAAUUAUACGUUAUUAAUAAGUAAUGCAAGAAUUGGUGAUGAAAAGAAAUUUGUAUGCAUGCUGGUAAAGGAGGACAAUGUCUUUGAAGAGCCUACAGUAGUCAAAGUAUUCAAACAACCCUCACAACCUACAAUUGUAAAUCAAGCAACAUUUUUGGAAACAGAACAGCUAAAACUGUUGGGGGAAUGUAUUUCAAAAGAAGGUUAUCCAGAGGGAAACCUUACAUGGUACAAGAAUGGAAUGGUUUUAAAGCCUGUUGAAGGAGCUGUUGUCAUAAAUGAACAAACAAAUGUGGAUAAAGCAAGUGGACUCUACACCAUGAUAUCUUCUCUGGAAUAUAUGCCAACAAAGGAAGAUAAAAAUGCACAUUUCACCUGUACGAUGACAUAUUAUGGACCAACAGGACGAGAAACAAUACGGUCAGAAUCUGUAGUCUUCGAUGUUCACUAUCCUACGGAGAAGGUUAAAAUUCAAGUAGUUUCACAAAGAAAUACCAUUAAAGAAGGUGAUAAUAUCACCCUUAAAUGUUCAGGAAAUGGUAAUCCUCCACCAGAGGAGUUUUUGUUUUAUAUUCCAGGAGAAUUAGAACCUAUAAAAAGUUCAAGUAUUCACAUAUUAUCAGAUGUAAGAAGAAAUGCUUCAGGAGAAUAUGGAUGCUCACUGGUUGAUAAAAGUUUGGCAGAUUCAACUACAAUCACGGUACAUUAUUUGGAUUUGUCCCUUAUUCCCAGUGGAACGGUUAUUAAACAGAUUGGAGAGGCACUACCUGUAUCCUGUACAGUUUCUUCUAGUAGAAACGCCACCCUUUUUUGGCUAAAGGACAAUACCAGAAUGCGGUCAAGUCCAUCUUUUUCAAAUUUACAGUAUAAGGAUGCAGGAAAUUAUAUCUGCGAAACUACCUUACAGGAGAUUGAAGGGCUAAAGAAGAGGCAAACACUUACACUGAUAGUAGAAGGAAGACCGCAGAUCAAAAUGUCAAAGAAAACCAGCUCAGAUGGAACAUUUAAAACAAUAUCAUGUCAUGUGGAAGGUUAUCCCAAGCCAGCAGUACAAUGGACAGCCGCUGGCAUUGGAACCCUUAUUAAUAAAGCAAAAGAGACUAAAUAUGUCAAUGGCAAGUUUUCCAGUAAAAUCAUAAUCGCUCCUGAGGAAAAUGUUACUUUAACGUGUACUGCAGAAAAUCAGCUAGAAAGAACCAUAACAUCCUUGAAUGUAUCUGCUAUAAAUAUUCCAGAAUCUGAUGAACCAGAUGAAAGAAAUAAUGAUAAUAGGGAAAAUGUUAAUGACCAGGCAAAACUAAUAGUGGGAAUCGUGGUUGGUCUUCUUCUAGCAGCUCUGGUUGCUGGUGUUGCUUACUGGCUAUACAUGAAGAAAUCAAAGACUGCUUCAAAACAUGUAGAUAAAGAUCUUGGAAAUCUAGAGGAAAAUAAAAAGUUAGAAGAAAACAAUCACAAAUCAGAAGCUUGAGACACAGGAUGAGUCAGUCAUCAGUCCAGGAAUAAACAUAGACAAACUGAAGCAUGAACAUUGAUUGUAUUCAAGAUAUAUACAAAGAUGUGACAGCUAUUCAUGGUUCAAGUAUUAAACAGACCAUUCUACCAAGUUUUCAAAGGAAUUUACACAGUUAUCUCAAGCUCACACAAAAAAAAAGGAAACUAAUUUUGGCAGCAGCCGUGGUAAUAGGUCACAAAGUUGUGUUCUGUUUGAAUAUAUAUUUUUUUUGUAAAUGUCUGCACUGAAAAUUUCUUUUGGUUUGCCUUUAUGUAAAUUUUUUACGUAGCUAUUUUUAUACACUGUAAGGCUUUGUUCUGGGAGUCGCUGGUAAUCUGAUGUAUAGUGUAAUGUUUUAUUUCUAUUAGUUUUCACACCCUUUACAGAGAUACAUUUUUAAUUCUGAUUGCUAUCAGUAAAGUUCCUACUUUGCACAGCAAGUAUCUAAUUUAUAAGAUUGCCUUAUUGGGAAAAUGAGACACUUCUCUGUUUUUCAACUACCAUAAAGAAAAGGGGGAGGGGGGGAAAUCUGAUUUAAAAAAACAACACUAGUUUAUAAAAUAAUGAGAAAUUGAUCAACUAUAAUGAACAUGUACAUAAUUUCCAAAAGAAGAGUUGUUGUUAAGCAAAAUUCAUGUUGUUAUGUAUGCAAAUGUCUACUAAUAAGUCUUUUUUAGACAAGAAAACCUUUUUAUUGAUAGCAUUCUGAAAAACUAAUUGUUCUUGCAAUUCCAUAAUAUAUAGUGUGAAUGAGUGGAAUUAUGAAUUAGUUCUAAAUGUUUUGUUAUCCACUGCCUUAAAAAAAUCUUAAUUUCAAAGAAUAAAAUCAGUCAGAAUUGGAUUUUUUUUAAAAAGUAAUCAUAUCAAAGCUGCAUUUUUCCACAAAAUAGAAUAUAUAUUUUUUGUGUGUGUGUUUUUGUUAACUACACUACAGAUAUUGCACCUUGGAGAUAAUUUUAGUGUUUUUAACUGGUACAUAAUUUAUCAAAAAAAGUACAUGAAAUUGUAACAAUGAAAUUAAAUCUAUGUAUCUUUAGUUACAUUCAAGAUUGUAACUUUAUAGACCUGUUUUAUGCUUGAGAAUUUUUUUAGAAAGUUAGCAUAAAAAGAAACCUUUGGAUAGAUCAGGGCAACUAGACAACAGUAGUUAGCAAUGUUUCCUCACUUAGUGGAAAAAUAGCAUCUGGAAGAAUGUAAUAGAUAAUUUUGAUCACAGCAGGAAGUUACUAGGAGUAAGUAUCAGCUUUCUGUUUACAGAUUUACGAGCCAGGAAAACAGGAUGUUUUAUAGAUUGCAGGGAGAUUAGAAGAAGGGGAAAUUAGGAAGUGUAUUUGCCACUUAGGGGGAAAAAACACUAUUAGUUGUAAAUUUGUAAAAUGUCUGGGCAGUAGUGACUGAUGUCUUAAAUAAAAGCUUCCUGUAGUGUAUUGGCAUGGAUUAAAUACAUGAAAUGUCCUAUAAAUUCAACUCUGUAUAACAUAUUAUGGAAGAAUUCUGUUAAAGUCCUUUCAGCAUUUGUAAGGCUUUAUUUGGCAAGGGAACAAAAAAUAAUAAUCUUGGUCGAUGUUUAAACCAAAGUUAAAAGGGGAUAAAACCAAAGUCAUUUGUUUUGCAUGGCUAAGCCAUUUAUGAUAUCUUUGUAAAUAGUUUUUUUUUUCUUUUCUUUUCUUUUCCUUUUUUUAUUUUAUUUUUAAAAAUCCUAAAAUUUUUAAACGCCUGUUUUCCAAAAUAAAAUGUGAACACACAUUAAAAAGAUUAUAUAGAUUUUUUUUUUUUUGGUGUGAAGAUAUCACUGCUAUAAGAUAAAAUUCAGCACGUUUGAGAAUAGAAAAGGAUUUCCAGGGCAAAUGACAUGUUUUUGAAUUAUAUGAAAUUUAUAAAUGUACUCUUAUUGAGAAAGUGAACCCUAUUGGUCUGCUAAAGAAAGUGUCACACAGUUUACCAGAUUUCAAACGAGAUUGGAGACCAAUCUUAAUUACUGCAUCCAGUAUCAUGAGGAAAGAACAGAGCUCUCGCCUUCUGAGGUUCUUCUGACUAAUGUAAUUCUUGGGGGUGUAUCCUUCACUGUGCAGAGUUUUACAUCAAACAGUUUUCAGGAAUCAACAGUACCAAUUCAUUGUUGCCAUUCAUGCCUGAAGGACAAUAAAGUGAAGUAUGUUUUCUCA